AAAACCACUUUCACGAAUUCACGAAUCUACGCCUUGCUACCCCCUUUCGAUAAAUGACACCCGUAGUGUUGUUACGAAAUAUCCGGGAUAUUAAGCAAGAUGGACGAACUAUUCGAUGUCUUCGACGACAAGCCCCAGAGCGAAUUUCCUGAGAAGCCCAAGAAGGCAAAGAAAGACAAGAAAGACAAAAGCAAAAAGCGAACCGCGAACGGGGAUGUGAAGAAGGAUCAAGAUGGAGACGCGGAGAUGGUAGAUACAGAGCAGGUGGCAGAAGCUGCAGAAGAAGAUAUCCUCGCGGAGAAGAAAGAUACCAAGAGGCGGCGCCGAGAGGAGGAAGCAGAGCCAGUUGUUACGGAUACUUUCCAAACCGAACAAUCGCGAGAGGUUGCAGCUUCAGCAGGUCUUCAAGGGAAGGAUGACGGAGCUUUGGUGAUUCAGCACAAUAUUCAGCACCAGGUCUCCCUGCCCCCAGAUUACGACUAUGUCCCAAUUUCGCAGCACAACCCCCCCCAGAAGCCAGCUCGUGUCUGGCCUUUCGAGUUAGACCCUUUCCAGAAGGUUUCGAUAGCAUCAAUAGAGCGAGGAGAAAGUGUACUUGUUUCGGCGCAUACCAGUGCGGGAAAGACCGUGGUUGCAGAGUAUGCCAUUGCGCAGAGCUUGAAGAACAACCAGAGAGUUAUCUACACCAGCCCAAUCAAGGCUCUGAGCAACCAGAAAUAUCGGGAGUUUGCUGCAGAGUUUGGAGAUGUUGGACUCAUGACUGGAGAUGUUACGAUUAACCCUACGGCAACUUGCCUUGUCAUGACAACAGAGAUUCUCCGAUCUAUGCUAUAUCGAGGUUCAGAGAUCAUGCGAGAAGUUGCUUGGGUAAUCUUUGACGAGAUCCAUUACAUGAGAGAUAAGGCUCGAGGUGUUGUGUGGGAGGAGACCAUCAUCUUGCUGCCAGACAAAGUUAGAUACGUCUUCUUGUCUGCUACCAUUCCCAACGCCAUGCAGUUCGCGGAGUGGAUCACCAAGACGCAUCAGCAGCCAUGCCACAUUGUCUACACGGAUUUCCGACCCACACCGCUACAACAUUACUUCUUCCCCGCAGGUGCCGAUGGUAUUCAUUUGAUCGUGGACGAGAAAGGAAAUUUCCGAGAAGACAACUUCCAGAAAGCCAUGGCAACCAUCGAAGACAAGAAAGGAGCGGAUCCUGCAGAUAUCGAUGCUAAGCGGAAAGGCCGUGGCAGGGACAAGAAGACCAAUAAGGGUGGUAACAAGGAUGGUAAUGGUGAUAUUUACAAGAUCGUCCGCAUGAUCAUGUUGAAGCACUACAAUCCUGUUAUUGUCUUCAGUUUCAGCAAGCGAGAGUGUGAGGCAUAUGCAUUGCAGAUGAGCUCUAUGGCUUUCAACGACGAUUCGGAAAAAGCUAUGGUUACGAAGGUUUUUGAGAGCGCCAUUGAGUCACUCUCUGAUGAAGACAAGACUCUCCCGCAAAUCCAACAUAUUCUACCCCUUUUGCGUCGAGGUAUUGGAGUCCAUCAUUCUGGAUUGUUACCAAUCUUGAAAGAGACUAUAGAAAUUCUCUUCCAGGAGAACUUGAUCAAGGUUCUAUUUGCUACAGAAACAUUCUCUAUCGGUUUGAACAUGCCAGCAAAGACGGUUGUUUUUACUAGUGUCGAGAAGUUUGAUGGUGUCAGUAUGCGACAUUUGACACCCUCAGAAUUUGUGCAGAUGUCCGGUCGAGCUGGAAGAAGAGGACUUGAUGACCGAGGUAUUGUCAUCAUGAUGAUCAACAACAAGAUGGAGCCUGCAACGGCCAAGGAGAUUGUUCGUGGAGAGCAAGAUAAGCUCAAUUCAGCUUUCUACCUUGGUUACAAUAUGAUCCUCAACUUGAUGCGAGUUGAAGGCAUUUCUCCGGAGUUUAUGCUCGAGCAUUGCUUCUAUCAGUUCCAGAACACCUCUAGCGUCUCUGGUUUGGAGAAAGAACUUCAACAACUACAAUUAGAGCGAGAUAGUGUCGAGAUUACCGAUGAGGCUACCGUUAAAGAGUAUUACGACCUGCGACAACAAUUGACGUCCUACACGAAAGACAUGCGCGAUGUGAUUAACCAUCCUAAUUACUGCUUGCAAUUCAUGCAACCUGGUCGCGUUGUACACAUCAAAUACCUCGAUCAAGACUUUGGAUGGGGCGCGGUUGUCAAGUUUACACCUCGUCGGCCCGCCAAGGGGCAAAAUAGCGAAGAAUACACCCCACAGCAGGCGUACGUCCUUGAUGUCUUACUUUCCGUGUCUGACAGCUCCUCCGUUGGCACACAAGCUCAGGGUGAAGUACCAGCUGGUAUUCGACCUCCUGCUGAGGGCGAGAAAGGCAAGAUGGAAGUUGUACCAGUCUUGCUUUCGUGUAUCGAGGCCAUUGGUCAUGUCCGUAUAUUCUUGCCAAAGGAUCUCCACCCUGCCGAUCAACGCAAUAACGUCCGCAAGUCUUUGGAGGAAGUCAAGCGUCGAUUCCCAGAUGGAAUUGCCGUUUUGGACCCAAUCGAAAACAUGGGUAUUACAGACGAGUCAUUCAAGAAGCUUCUUCGCAAGAUCGAAGUCUUGGAGUCUCGUCUGUUGUCCAACCCACUUCACAACUCUCCUCGACUUCCGGAGCUCUAUAAUGAAUAUGCCACCAAGAUGGAGAUGAGCCGCAAGAUCAAGGAAAAGAAGAAGUCAAUCACCGCGGCGUUAAGCAUUAUGCAACUCGACGAACUCAAGUCCAGGAAGCGUGUGCUCCGUCGCCUAGGAUUCAUCAAUGAUCAGGAGGUUGUACAACUCAAGGCCCGUGUUGCAUGCGAGAUCUCGUCAACAGGCGACGGCCAUGAACUUCUGCUCUCGGAGCUUCUUUUUAAUCGAUUCUUCAAUGAACUCACUCCAGAAGUCUGUGCUGCAGUACUUUCCUGCUUCAUUUUUGAGGAGAAGAGUCAGCAGGCACCUCCUCUCAAGGAAGAGCUUGCCAAGCAUUUUAGAGAAAUUCAGCAACAAGCGAGAACUAUUGCUAAGGUGAGCCAGGAGAGCAAGUUAGAGGUCAAUGAGCAGGAGUACGUGGCGAGUUUCAAGUCUGAACUCAUGGAAGUCGUCUUUGCUUGGGCUCAUGAGAAGUCUUUCGCGGAGAUCUGUAAGAUGACAGACGUCUACGAAGGAUCGCUCAUUCGCCUCUUCCGCCGCCUUGAAGAACUUCUUAGACAAAUGGCCCAGGCUGGUAAAGUCAUGGGUUCUGAUGAGCUCGCUUCGAAAUUCGAGGAAUCGCUCACGAAGAUCAGACGAGAUAUCGUUGCUGCUCAGAGUUUGUAUUUGUAAGUCAUGGCCUUUGCUCUUGACUUCUGGAAUACUUUUACGGAUGGGUUACAACCGUGGGAGAAUGGGUUUUUAUGCAUGGAUCGAUGGCGCCUUGGAGAAUGGAGUUGUUGGUGUAUCGUUUACUUCUAGGUCGUACUACGAGAACUCUUUGGUUGAUCCAGGCAUUCAUACUCGGAUAUCUCAUAGGUAGAUCAUCAGCAUCGACUAAACAAGUGCCUCUGAUCAGACGGUCGGUUUUAUGACUGUCAAUAUGAGAGGUACUGUACAAGGAUAGUAAUCUGCGUUCCUCGACUUAAUUGCCAUGUUUCGAUCUUGGCCUCAAGUUCUGGAUUCCACAAUCUGCCAAUACAACGCGAGCGAUUUGACUUUCUCACUCCCCCG